CGCGGCGCCCAGAGAACUACAUCCCCCAGAGUGCUUUGCUCCGGAGCGGAAGUGACGUCAGGUCCUGCCUUCACCCUGGUAGCAGUGCUGGUGAUAGACAUGCGGUGGUGAAUGCAGUCAGGAUGUCUGAGGGAGCUCAGAAGAAUGACUCUGGUCCAAGGCCCCAGAUAUCAGGGGGCAGAGGACUGGUGGGACGCAGACCUUCAACUCCCCUGACCCCAGGCCGCCUCCCGUCUAUCCGCUCCAGGGAUCUUACCCUCGGUGGUGUCCGGAAGAAAACCUUUGCUCCAAAUAUAAUUAGCCGGAAGAUUAAAGAAGAGCCAAAAGAAGAGGUUUCUGUAAAAGUUGACAGAUCUGAACGUAAUAGGGAUCGCCGAGGAGAUGGACCAGGAAGGGGACGAGGGAGGCCGCAAGUUAUCCAGAGUCACUCCAUCUUUGAGCAGGGACCAGCAGAGCAGCUCAAAAAGAAAACUGCAUGGGACGGGCCAUCUGAUGCUGGGGAUCUUGGUCCCUCCCACAUCAUCAACAUAAAACGGGAGAAAAGGGAGACUGAGGAAGAAACUAAACAGAUCCUGCAAAUGCUGAAAAAUGAUAAGUUUCUGAAUGACCCAGGUUUACAGAAUGAUGCGCAGAACCAUCCUGUACAGCUCCCACUGGCACAUUCAGGGUGGCUGUUUAGGGAAGACAAUGAAGAGGAGGACACGCUGCCUAUGGUCCCCAAAGAAGAACAGAUGGAGGUGGACCCCUCAUCUGUCAAAGUAAAGGAAGAACCAAUGGAAAAUGAGGAUGAUGAUGUGAAACCUGGAGUUCCCCAGUGCAAGGCCCCUGUAGUGAAGAAGCCACCGGAAAAGAAGGAUGUGCCACUGCCGGAGUUGUUGGAAUCUCUGGGGAUCUCGGGAGAGGACGCUCUUUUCUUUGUGCAGCUCCCAGACACACUCCCAGGACAGCCACUUACCCAGGAAUCUCGACCUGUCCGCAGUGAAGUGCAAACUGAGGAUGGUCAUGUGUUACUAGUCAAGGACAAAAGUCAGGAGACACCAGCAGCAGAGGAAAUCUGUUCAUUGCGCAAUGUGUCUGAGGGACAGAUCGGAAAGCUAGUUGUGCGUAAAUCAGGCAAAGUGCAGCUUGCUUUGGGCAAGGUUACACUCGAUGUCACGUUGGGAACUUCCACCUCCUUCCUGCAGGAGCUGGUGUCGGUCGGUGUUGGGGAAGCCCGUCGAGGAGAGAUGAUGGUUCUUGGACAUGUUCAGCAUAAACUUGUCUGUUCACCAGAUUUUGAGUCUUUGCUGGAACAACGGCAGCAAUGAGGCCAACACUCUGGCUUAUAGAGCACAAACUGUUUAAC